AUGGGGUUCCUGUGGAGUAUGACACAGGCACCAGGUCAGAGGAAAGGAUUGCGGCUUAUGAAGAAAGAUGUCACCAAGCCAUACACCAUUCAACUGAAUUGCUUUGAUGGACAUCUAGCACCAGACGAAGGAUUUGUUAACAGUUUAACAAAAAACAGUUUGCAACCACUGACAAGUACAACAAUGCAAAAAUGGUAUAUGAGUGAAAGGGUAAAAAGAGUUGAAGUCAGAGAGGGGAGAGUGCGUGGAACUUUGUUUAUACCCCCAGGAAAUGGGCCUUUUCCAGGUAACUUACCAUUACUAAUUAGGAUAUUAUUUAUAAUAAUACAGUAGAAGCUUGAUAACUUGAACACGGAUAACCCGAGUAGGCCACUUGCACUAAGAGGUCACGUGACCAAUGCUUCUUGCUGAUGCCAAAAAUUGACAGAGCUCAUAAAAAUAAUCUUACCCCCGAAAUUUGAGAGGAAACUCAUUUAAGGGAGAUAUUUUAUUGCACUUUGAUUUUUCAACAAAGUAGUAUGAUUUGUAUUGGCCGCCAUGUUGGAGGGCAUACUCUUACCCUCCAACAUGGCAGCCAAAACUACUUUUGCUUGUAUCUUGUUAAACAUGUGAUAGUUACGUUCAGAUGUGCUGUAAAUGCUCCCACAUCAUCUUUUCAACAUUUUCCUUGAAGUUUAAGUGCAAAAUUUGUGUUCCGAAAUAGGUAAUUAAUUCAUAAUUUUAAAAAUCACAUUUUGGUCACGUGACCAGCUAUGAACUUACUCAUUUUAAGAAAAUAGUGGGGGUUUGAAAAACCAAAUAACUAUUAUUUUGUUUAAGAUAUGACCCCCUAAUCGUUUUUCGAAGGCAAAAUCAUAAAACUUUCAAUUUCAUAGAAAUGAUGUCACAUGACCUCUUAGUGCAAAUGGCCUAUUCCCCACUAACUGGAACUAAAUUUCCUCACCGUCAAUCAAAAUUUCACUGAAAUUUACCCCAGUAACUCGAAUUCCCCACUAACUUGAACUGUUCUUCAUUUCCCUUCAGAGUUUGAGUUACUGGGGUUCUACUGUAUUUGAUAUUUAACUUUGUAAAGCUUUUAGUAUAAAGAGAUUAGUGUCAUUCGACAAGUCAUGUUGCUUGUAAAUGAGCAGAAAAUUUAAUCAUAUUAGCUGACUGUAUGUUUAAGUUUAUAUAUUAUGUCAGUCCCAGUUUCGGUUCACGUUUGGCCACAAGGAGUUUUGGUAGAGAAUAUGACUAAUGCCAUGUUGUAGUGAUGUGUGGCAUGUUUCUGUAAUGCCUUUGCUCGUUCAAAAAUGAAACACUUAUGUGAUUUUCUUGCCCUAUUUCAGACCAGGCACCCUUUCUCAAAAGUCUUGAUGAUCAACCAGCUCAAGAAGCUGUUGUUGUUUAUUUUCAAGUUACAUGUAGAGGUUUUUUAACAUUUAUCAUUAAUGCACGGGGUUGUUAGUAUGGCUUGGUCUCAUGCUUUUCUCAAUUUGAUUUUGAUUUGAAUAUUUGAUUUGGGGUCCGUAAAGUUGCUGGAACUUUCAAGAAACAGGCUCCUGACCUGAAAUUCAAUAUUUUGCUGUUACGGUGUGGCAGUGGUUUGUAUGAACCAAGAAGGUCUUUAAUUAGUUCCCAAAUGUUAAUCCAACUGCUCUUUUCAGGAGGGGAGCAAUAACAAAAAGUUUUAUCUUUUUGUUAGACUAAAGUAUUGUUGUUUUUAGCAUUAAUUAUAGAGCAAAUUAUAAUACAAGAGAAGCGUUUAAGAAGAUAGUAAAGUAAAGUAAAACCUUAUUUACAUAGGGUAGCCCAUGCAGCUCUAAGGCUGGUCUCCAUAGGGGCCGAGUAUCUUAAAAAAUUAAUUUACAUCAAGAAUUUUCAUGAAUGAUUACAAGAAGAUUUUACUGUUAAAUUACUCUUGUCCUUCAGGUGUGAUUGACUUAUUUGGAACAGCAGGGGGUUUAAAUGAAUUCAAAGCUUCUCUACUUGCAUCACAUGGAUUUACAGUUCUCUCACUGGCUUAUUUUGGAUUUGAUGACUUGCCAAAGAUGUUACCUUACUGUGAGAUGGAGUAUUUUGAAGAGGCUGCAGACUGGCUUGUUAAACACCCUGCUGUUAUACCCAGUGGUAUUGGUGUAAUGGGUGUGUCAAAGGGGGCGGAAAUAACAUUAAUGAUGGCCAUUCACUGCAAGGAUAUCAUUAAAGCUAUAGUCCCCAUCUCAAGUUCCUACAUCAUCUCAGCUGUGCCUUUCAAACAUAAGGGCAAGUUGUCAGGCAGUUACUAUGAUACCAGUCAAGUCAUGGUGAAUGAAGAUGGUGCAUGUAUUUUCAAAUACUGCAUUCCUGUACGUGGCCUUGAAAAAGUUAAUCCACCAGUUUUAAUCCCAGUUGAAGAAAUUGACUGCCCAAUGCUGCUUGUUUGUGGAGAGGAUGAUGAAGCUGUGUCAGCUUCUGAAAUGGCACAAGAAAUCAUUUCUCAUAUGAAUCUCCAUAGCAAGGGUGAUUUGUGUUCUAUUGUGAGUUAUCCCGGCACGGGACAUCUGAUUGAACCUCCUUUUUCACCUCACUGUUAUGCAUCAUAUCACAAGACAUUUAAGACAAACUUUGUCUGGGGAGGAAAUUCAAAGGAUCAUUCCAGGGCUCAGGAGGAUUCUUGGAGGAAAAUUUUGGAAUUUUUCAGUGAAAAUCUUCAAAAGUCACACAGUCAAACCCUCAGCAGUCAUCUUUAGG